CAGUACGGAGCGAUCGGGAGACGGGACCGGAAUAUCGAACAGGAAACAGGGAGACGGGACUGAGAUAUUGGACCUGGAACCGGGAACCGAGAGAAGGUCCGGUUCGGCCAUGGAAGAGAACGCGAGCCGAUUCCUGCGGAGUCUGUGUGUGAAUCAGUCGGAGCUGACGGAUGAAUCGUGCUCGGAAUCGCGGAGAGGAGAGAGUCGCCCGGGGAGAAGAGAUCUGGAAUAUUCCAUCCGCAUCCUGCUUUACUCUGUCAUAUUCCUGCUGAGCGUUUUCGGGAACGCCCUGGUGAUCCUGGUCUUGGUGGUGAACAAGCGUCUGCGCACGGUGACUAACUCCUUCCUGCUGUCGCUGGCCCUCAGUGACCUGAUGGUGUCGGUUGUCUGUAUGCCCUUCACACUGAUUCCCAACCUGCUGGGGAACUUCAUCUUCGGACCCUCCAUGUGCAAGCUCACCGCCUACUUCAUGGGAAUCUCGGUCAGUGUAUCCACCUUCAGCCUGGUAGCCAUCGCCAUCGAACGCUACAGUGCGAUCUGUAACCCGCUAAAAGCCAGGCUGUGGCAGACUCGCUCCCAUGCCUAUAGGGUCAUCGCAGUAACCUGGCUGCUGUCCAUCGUUAUCAUGACCCCUUACCCCAUCUACAACAGGUUGAAACCUUUCCAACGGGCGGACAACUCCACUGCACACAUCUGCACGCUCAAAUGGCCCAGCGAAGCUGUGCAUCGUGCCUGGUAUGUCUUCCUCCUCCUGGUCCUGUUCUUCCUGCCGGGAGUGGUGAUGGUCGUGGCCUACGGACUGAUCUCAUGCGAGCUCUACAGGGGAAUCCGUUUUGAAAUGAGCCAGAGGGAGGAGGCAAAGGCCGCGGCGAACGGCAGCAGCACCUGGCUGGGCCGCUCGGAGGAGGAGGGCGACGGGGGUGGCGAUGGCUGCUACCUGCAGCUCGGCAAGCGGCGGGCCUCGGUGGAGAUGUCGCUACAGGCACCCAGCGCCCCGGCUCGAGUGGACCGCGUACGCUGCACCAACUCCGAGGCCAAGCUGGAGGGCAAGAAGCGGGUGAUCCGGAUGCUGAUGGUGAUCGUCGCCAUGUUCUUCAUCUGCUGGCUGCCCAUCUACAGCGUCAACACGUGGCGGGCCUUCGACCGGGCCACUGCCGUGCGGCUGCUGUCCGGCCCGCCCAUCUCCUUCAUCCACCUGCUGUCCUACACCUCAGCCUGCGUCAACCCCCUCGUCUACUGCUUCAUGAACCGCCGUUUCCGCCAGGCUUUCCUCUCCACUCUUGGCCGCUGCCUCGCUCCCCUCCGCACCCUCCGGGCGCCCGAGGACGAGCCUGGCACCACGGGCACCUCCCUUUCCAAGUUCAGCUACACCACCGUCAGCACCGUGGGAGCCCUGUGACUGGGGCCCACGCAAACCCCUGACCUAUCCUGUCCUUCAGUGAGCCCCCUCCCGUUGCCCCCAUACGGACCCAGCAUUCUACCUCUACCCUCAUAUCCCUCUCCUUUCGUUUCCUCACUUUUCCCUCCCCACCUCCCCUCUCUUUACCCUUCCCACUCACCCUCGCCCGCACUCACUGAGACAUUCUCCAGAACCACCUGCCCCUGCGAUGCAAGCUUCCUGCUUGGGCCCAGAGGUCAGGGGUCUCUCCACCUCGAAUUCACCAGCUCCCUGGAGCUGCACAGUGCGAUCCCAUAAACCACAUUUAUAAUCAGGGGUUCUCUUCAAUUGUGGGUAAAAGUAUACCCGAUUCCAUCACAGCAGACAGGAUCUCAAUAUAAUAACUGUUCACAAUGUGGCCCCAACACUCCCACAGUACAACCCCUCCCACAGUGUGACCCUCCCUCAGUAACACCCCUCCCACAGUGCGACCCUCUCUCAGUACCACCCCUCCACAGUGUGUCCCUCACUCAGUACCACCCCUCCCACAGUGUGACACACCCUCAGUAACACCCCUCCCACAGUGCGACCCUCUCUCAGUACCACCCCUCCACAGUGUGUCCCUCACUCAGUACCACCCCUCCCACAGUGUGACCCUCCCUCAGCACCACUCCUCCCAGUGUGACCCUCCCUCAGCACCACUCCUCCUACAGUGUGACCCUCCCUCAGCACCACCCCUCCUACAGUGACCCUCCCUCAGUAUCACCCCUCCACAGUGUGACCCUCCCUCAGCACGACCCCUCCCACAGUGUGACCCUCCCUGAGCACCACCCCUCCCACA